UUCAGAGGUAAAAAUGAGACAACAAUUUAAGCGGAAAAUUUAUCUACGGAGAGUGAGGUAAUGCUCAGAGCAGUAGAACAAGUUAAACCUAACAUUUAUAUCAGCUGCACAAAUAACUGCUGCUAAAACCCGCAAGUAAGGCUUAGUGAGCGGUGGUUUGACGAAACUUUGUGUUAUAAUCACCUUCAAACAAGACUCCUCUCAAGGCAUCACUAGAAAGAUACUCAAUGUUUAAUACGACAAAGAUACCAAGAAGACAUACUUUUCUCUACAAAGAGCACAUCAUGAAAAUUACAAUUAUUUUACUGAGUUUAGUUUUAAUAAAAUCAGGAACAACUCAGACAAACAUGCCUAACCAGACGAUGGAGAGAGACUACUUUGGAGAAAUUUGUCAUUUGAUGACAAAUGAAAAUAAUACUGUCGUUGAAAAACGCAAUGAAUGCUUGGAAAUGAUUCGGACUUUCCAACCUAAUAACGACUGGAUAACAUGUCGGAAAACGACGGGUGCAGAGGACAAAGCUGACAACGAUCUAUGGAAAGAAAUUUGCAAAGUACCACCAGAGGGCGUUGGAGAAAUGAUGUAUGUCUGCCUGAGAAAGGACUCAAAAGAGAGGAAACAGAAAAGCAAAUGGAUUGAAAUGCCUGAAGAAAAAAGGAAAAUUAAGGAGUGUUUUCAAGAGGCCUACAGAGUUUUGAUGGAACCCAAGACCCCCUAACGACAUCAUUAUUUAAUAUGACUUUCCAGUUAAACAUCAUUUGGAAGUAACUCGUGCAGAAUAAUUUCGUUUGACAUAUAUUUGUAAAUCAUACGAUAAUAUUUUGAUUUAAAGUUUUGGACCAAUGAACGUAUUGAAAGAUUAUGAACUAGACUUGAACGUCAUAUAUGUAAUCUUAUACUAUCAGAUAACAUACUUUUAAUAAUAAAGCCACAGAUGGCUCCCGUUCGGGC